AUGGCUGACAUCAAGGAAGGCGACGCAAAAACAGGCGUCAAGGCUUCUGUCGAACCGCUGCUUGGAGCUUCGUCGAUUGAAGAACCAGUAAUCUCACAGCGUCCGAAUCGAGAUGUCAAGAACGCAAUUUGGGCAAUUGUCACUGGAGUUGCUCUACCAUGUAUCCCGAUCAUAGUGGUCCUCGUCCUCCUCAUCUACCUCAUUUACAAACAUAAGCUGGACCUUUGGUCUGGAUAUGUCGAGCUUCUUCCUUCCGGUACUAUCACCAAUGCUAGCAAUGGUGCUCUAAGCGCACUUUCGGAUCUCAGACAUAAUGGAGGAAAGGCCGCAUAUAUUGUGCAGUACAAUCCCUCAACAUUGACGACAAUUGCAUCGUGGACGAGUCGGAUCAUUCCGUAUCUCACAAGCUCCAUUAUGGCCUUGGUGGCUUUCUUCGCUGCAAGAUAUCUCGUUCAACAAUCCAAAAGAGGCGACGAUGCUGUCCUUCCAAAUCCUGAGCAGCUUACCUUGUUGAUCGGACUGCUUGGUGGGAGUGGCGUGGACUCGAUCAAGGAUACCCUGUUUCAUAGAUGGCUCAAGAAAGAAAGGCUCAUUCAUCCAGUCCCUGCUGUCUUCUGGGUUUUGUUGUUCAUCACUUUUCUGAAUAUAUUGAUACCGGCUGUCGACACCUGGUUCGGUAUUGCCACCCACCCAAUUACCAUAGACAUACUGAGCAACACCACUACCAAGCAAAACUUCGGUCGACAACUCUACACUCAGGGAGAAAAUGCUACAUGCACCAAUGGUCCGCGCACCAACACCUCUUUCAACUGGGGUAUCAACACUUAUUGGCCAUGUAGCAUUCUGCUGGCAGGAAAAAGCCUUGAAAAUCUUGUGGCCGUUCAAGAUCCCACCGACUCCACAUUGUUGCAAUUGGGACUUCCAACAUCAACAAAGCUCAGCAAUUAUUCCGUUGGGUCCACACACUGGAUCUUCUACACUGACUCGAAAAUGGGCAGGUCGCUCGAUUUCAUCGCUUCGGCGCCAGCUGUGAGCACACAAUGCAGACCAAUGACUCGCCUUUGUGAGCAGGGCUACAACAACGAGACAUUUACUUACGACUGCACCAGCGGAUUUCGCAUCAACAUGACCAGUCCAUGGCCAUACACUCUGAGCAACGAGACCGCACCCAUUGAUGACCCAUCUCUUUCUCUUAGCGAAGCCACCCUCACCGGCAUUGCCUUUGGUUCAGAUGCUGAAUUGAGCACUACUCCAGGCCUGGUGCAGAACGCCAGCCUUGGUGGCACUGGGUUUGGACCCAUUACCUGGCCGGAGAUAAUCCCGUCUAAUCCAGCUUACUUCGGAACAUGGGCCCGAAACUAUCCUGGACUACUCUCCAUCAGUGAUGAACUCGUCACUGACCCAGAGCUUGACUAUAGCGGAUCAGGAGUUCAAUGGUUCCUCAACUGUACCACCACAGUCGCCAAUGUGACCUAUGCCUGGACGAACGGCAGCAUCCAAUCCUUCAACACCGAACUUGUCUCACCGGAAAUGGCGGCUCUGUUUACUGGGCCAUUCUCCCUGAUUGGUCUGACUGAGGGAUACAAGGACGUAUUGAAAUCGACAAUGUCCACCAUUGCACGAACAGCAGCACUCUCCGACACUAUGGACCAACUCGCCAACACAUGGGCACUCGAGUUCUCCCGAAACGCCAUGGCGUUAAGUAUCGGUGCAUUCACGCCGCUCCAGACCGUAUUGGAACAACAGCGCACUCAAGCCGUCAUAGUGACCCGCGUCCCCCUCGGCCCAUUAUUUCUCCUCAUCGCCCUAAAACUCGUGUAUGUGGUAGCGGUGAUCGGCCUGGCCAUCGGCGCCUACGCAUUCACACACCCGUCGGAAACCGAAGUCGUGAAGGAACAGCUCUCGACCAAGGGUCUCGCGGCCGCGCAUUUCGACCAGCCGCAGCUCCUGCAGAGCAACGCGGUCAAGGCGACGCAAGAGCAUUUCGACCGACAUAUCAACAAAAGAAGCGAUAGAGACCCUGGCUCCUCCACGGCCGAUGAGCCGAAGCCUGGGAUCUCAAGAGCGAAGACUCUGCCCCGUGACCUCGACGGCGGUAAAGCACGCGUGGGUCUAGCGCCAGACCCUGAAGGGACGUGGAAGUUCAUCAUGCUGGCCAACGGCGUGUGGCAUAGUAUCGAGCCCAUCGUCAAGACGUUCGCUGUGAAUGAGGCCAAGGCUGGGAAUCUUGGAGGUGCCAGUGGAAUUAUCGCGGGCUGGAAGUGA